UCACCUGUUUUGAACUGGAAUAAAGCUCCCAAAGCCCUCGUCCAUUGUUACAGGGUCCUGGCGAUGGCAGGGGUGCCACUCUCUCCGCAGCUCCUUUUAACACUUUCAGCAGCUAUUGCUACAAUGGAGCUAAAGUUGGAAAAGAGAAAAACAACCCCUUCUGUGUGUCCGGUCGGCCACUUCCCCUGUGGCAACCUUUCUACUUGUUUGCCUCAGCUGCUGCACUGCAAUGGAGCCAAAGACUGCAGCAACGGGGCUGAUGAGGUCAACUGUGAAGACAUCAGUGGCUGGUAUGUGAUAAUCGAUAAGGCUCGAGGAACACCUUUCCCUGAUAGCUGGCAAACAGAAUGCCACCUCCGAGAGUAUCCCCAGAUCUGUGACUGCCAAGAGACUGAGUUGGAAUGUGUGGACGUCCAUUUGCAUUCCAUCCCAAAGGUGUCUCCAAACAUAACCUUAUUCAAAGGAGAAUUGACAACUUCUGUAACAAAUUUAAACAGCCAAACAUUAGAUAUUCAUGCAAAUGGUGCCUACAGAUAA